AUGGACCCUACUGCUCCUGCUGCUGCUCCCCCUGGCCUGGCCCUGGCCCAAGCCCCUGCCGUAGCACAAAUCAAUGGACAAGAAGUUUCUGGAAGUGGAAGAGAAACUGGUCUUUGGAGACCCUGGCUAUCCUCCAUAAACGACCAACGAAGGCAGGUGAGGGUGCUGGUGGACUGGGCUGCUGGUGGGGCAACAGCUGCUGAGGCCACCAAGGCUGAGUCUGAGUUCCAUCAUCCUGUCAGGCUCUUCUGGCCUAAAUCCCGUUCCUUUGACUACCUGUACAGUGCUGGGGAGAUAUUGCUACAGAAUUUCCCUGUCCAGGCCACCAUCAACUUAUAUGAGGAUUCUGACAGCAAUGAGGAUGAGGAGGACAAGGAGGAGGAUGAAGAGGAAGAGGUCAAUGAAAUAGGGUCAGAAGAGGGUGCGAGGGUACCAGAGGCCACAGAACACAAGGCCACAGCUCAUUCCCCUGAGCCACCCCUGACCUGUCCAAACUGAAGCAGUCCCAGUUACACUUGGUGGGUUUCCAAGGGCAUUGAUUAGCUAAGAGUCUCCAGACACAGAUUUUCUGAACUGGAACCAGUGUCCUC